UGUCUUUUCGGUUUCUUUCUUUUGGGAAGGGACCUGGUGAACUUCUUCCGCCAGCGUGUCCAUCGCCGCGUGAGAGCCAUGUUCUGCUGCUGCGCUGAACCACCAGCAGCUGAGGUGGUUGGGGAAGUGAAGCUGCGUGACCCGGGCCACGAGGAAACCUUUCAUGAGGGCGGCUUCGUGAAGACGGAGCGAGCCUCGCAGCCCGAGGACCUAGAGCCGUCGCAAGAGACAUCGACUUUUGAAGUGAAAGUAAACGGCGCCCAUGGCAUUCAGAUCGAUGGCUCAGACCCUGAGUGCACAAUAGUCAGGAAAGUGAAUGAGGAUGGCAUGGUUGCGAAAUGGAACACCUCCGCUCCGGAGAACAAGAUCGUGAAGGAGGGCGACCGAGUGUUGGAGGUGAAUGGCACCCAGGGCUCGAGCAUCGAGAUGGCCAAGAUCUUACGCCAGGAGGGGCCUUUCACCCUGCUGCUGCAGAAGCCCCAAGAGAAGGUUGUCGCGCUACGUCGUCCGGGUGAGCUUGGUGUGGUGCUGAACUAUCAAAAAGCUGGGGCCAACGCCCAAGGCUCCAUCUCUCCGUGGAUCGCCAAGAUCAAUGGUGGACUGCUCGGUAGCUGGAACAUCCAGAAUCCCGAAGAGGCCGUGUCUGUUCACGAUCGCAUCCGCGCGGUGAAUGGCAUCAGCGGAACUCCCGAGGAGAUCAUGGCAGCGAUUCGAGACUCCAAGGACCUGGUCAAGAUGCGCGUUCAUCAUUAUGGAUUUCUGUAGCAUCUGGAUGUUCUGUGAGCCGUGCCCUGGAGAACACGGUCUGACUGCCGCACCGCAUGUCACGAAGGUGACCGCAAGUGUUGGUUGAACUGAUUGGACUUGGCACCAGAAAAAAGG